AAUGACAGCUCUAAGCUCUAACCGUCAAGGAGAAAUAUGGCGAUGAGAUUGACGUAUAAAAUUUUUCUUUAAACUUUGAAGUUUAUCUGUUUAAAAAACUCAAAACAUUUCAAAAUUUAUUAGACAAGUACCUAUUCAUGCUUUUUAAUCCUAUAAAGUGUAAUUUAUGAAAGUUAUUAUAGUGGAUCAAAAACACAUAACAUCGAACUAUUGUAGAGUGAUUAGAAAUGGAAACGACAGAAGUAAAUGGAGAUAUAACCCAAGAAAGGAAGAAAGAAUGGGUAAAAUUCGAUGAUGAUACAUCACAAGUUGAUGUACCUUCUCCAAAUACAACAAUUGGUUCAGAAAGACUCUCAGAAGCUGCAUCAUCUUUGAAUACAGAAUUGCCCGCAGUUUUAAAAACUGAAACUGUUCAUGUUAACUUAGAGCGUAAUGACAAACAUUUAGAACCAAUACCAAGUGCUGUUUUGAAGAAUGUUGAUUUUAAUAACAUACGUCAGGGGUUUACUAAUGGAGACAUCAUUGUUACAUUGUUACCGGUCAACACUAAGUUACCUUGGAUAACUGCAGCUCAAUUUAAGCCAGAACUUGUGCCUGAAGAAUUAAUGGCUCAAGGUUUAACACUCACAGUUGAAGAAUAUGUUCAUGCGAUGGAGUUGCUUGUGAAUGAUGCACGGUUUACAUUGUAUAACAUUUGCUACAAGAGAGUUCUUGUUUGCUGGAUCACUGUAGCCUUUAUGGUCCUGCUCACACUUUUAUUCUCAGGAUUAACAGGAUUAACAUUGUUUUCGCUUGGUGUUUUGUGGCUGAUAUUGAAUGCAUUAGCAAUUUUCCUAUGCAUGUGGAUCAAGUUAAGACUAUCAAAAGGAUUGGAACAAUGUUUGGCGAGUGUGAAUAAGUUGUUGGUCAAGCACAAGUUGUUACUAGCUCUAGAUGACAGAGGCAAAAUCUCAUGUCACAAAGUCCAUCUAUGUUUCCUGUAUUUUGAUUCAACACCUUGUAUUACACAUUUACAACAAUUUAUUGAGAGUGAAGAAGGAAAAACAAUCAUGAAAGGCUGGGAACAGAAGUUAGAUGUACAAGCAAAUGACAUUGUGAUACGAGGAAGUCAAACAACCAGAUUAUCAAGGAAACAGGACAGAGGCGCUCUUCUGUAUUUGCGGUACGUCGCACGCUGGGGAGCGUAUGCGGUGAAAAACAGAUUGAACCUGAGCAGUAUUGUUCCCGGUCGGCAUGGCGAAAAGUACAUCUGUCCGUGCCAAUUUAUAGAAGAGCACCUUAAAACAAAACCUCCCGCUGGAUUAGCAAAGUUCUUCUCUUUACCUAAUCAAAGUAUUCAAGUGUAUUAAGAUGAUAGACACUUUUUAUCUGUGUCCUUAAUCCGUCCUGGUACAAACUGAAAUAUUGUCGCUUUGUAAAAUAUGAUAGUUAGCAGUUUAUAAGUAACAAAAAUUGCUAAAUUACUUGCACAUGGAUAUCCAGGUAUAUUUUUUUAUAAAUGUUGGUGUAAUUUUUUACUAUAUCGAAAUUAUUAAGUAGGAACCUAACAAUAACUUAUACUAAUGUUAUCUUGUAUCAUACCGUCCAGGGACCAUUUAAUGUUUAUAUUUUAAAGUAAACAAAACUUUUUUUUGUCUGUAAAAUAGUUAUACAUCAAUUAGUGGCCAUAAGACUAUGUACCUACUUAAAUUGCAUAAUCAUGUUUGUUAACUUAAAUGUUGUGGAUAAAUAUUUAAAUCCUGUAUAAUUUAUUUUAAAAGCUAUA